CAGAAAAAGUGCAACAACAGUUCUGAUCACAUAGUGGUAAGGGGAGAGAUAGAGGAUAAAGUCAAACAUGAAACUCUAAUCUGAUGUGCUGCUGGUAAAUUCACAGGAGCAACAACAAGCAGAGGAACUGCCUGGAUCUAUAAGAAAUGUGACUUAUCUACAAACAUUUAAACAUUACUCUAUAGAAAACAUAGCCUGCUGGUGUGCAGUAAACCACAGAAUGUAUCAAUAACUGGAACAUGUACAAAAAGGAAAAGACCACUUUCAGACAUUAAAUAAGUCUGAACUUGUUAUAAAACAGCUCAGUUGAGCAUGUACCAAGGACAUUGUAAUGUUUCAGGCAGGCCUAAAUCAUUUUAGACAUGUAGACUUUCAUCGACACAAACAUUGACUCAGUGACACCAAUAAAAAGGGGAGGGGCAGGUGGCAUACAUACACACUGCAAAAAGACACACGUAACAGUUACUCCUCUCCCACAAUGAGGCUACUGAAACCAGGCAGGUUUCGACUGGUCCUGAGAAUCACCAUUGCACUGGGAUCACUAUGGAUCCUCUCCCUACUUACUCGCAGUAAACCAGGCUGGAAUCCCAGCUCCGUUCUCAGGUACAGCUGGUUGGAGUAUACAGACUCUGAUGACAGCCCAGAGAAAGUGUGCAACUGCUCAGCUAUCCUGCAGGGAGAGAGGGAGGCACUGGAGCAGGCCAAAUUACUGACCAUCACCAAAGACUUCCACAAGAGUGUUCACAUCCCUGAUGAACAUUACAUGAAUGCAACCAAAGACUGCAGUGCAUUCAAAUUAAGAAGAAAAUACUUAACAUCUCCGUUGAGCCAGGAAGAAGAGGAGUUCCCCCUGGCAUACUCUAUGGUUGUGCAUCAUAAGGUGCAGAGCUUUGAGCGACUGCUGCGAGCCAUCUACGCACCUCAAAAUAUAUAUUGUGUCCAUGUGGACAAAAAGGCAAAAUCCUCAGUCUUAUCUGCCAUCUGGGCAAUUAUUGACUGCUUCCCGAACAUCUUCAUGGUCAGCCAGCCUGUUGACGUGGUCUAUUCUGCCUGGCCACGUGUCCAGGCUGACCUUAACUGUAUGGCGGAUCUCUAUAACACCAGCACAAAAUGGAAAUACUUCAUCAACCUUUGUGGCCAAGAUUUCCCUCUGAAAACCAACUUGGAGAUUGUAAGGACUCUGCGUUCACUGAAGGGCGGGAACAGCUUAGAGUCAGAAAAAAUGCCUGCAGAAAAGAUGUGGAGAGUGAGAAAUGCACACAAAAUAAUAGAUGGAGGAAUCCAGGCAACAGGAAAGGCAAAGGAGCCUCCUCCCUUCAACAUGCCCAUAAUGUCUGGAAAUGCCUACUUUGUGGUUAGCCGUGGCUACAUCCGCAGUGUGUUGGAGGACGGCCGAGUGCUGGCACUGAUGGAGUGGGCCAAAGACACCUACAGUCCUGAUGAAUUUCUCUGGGCAACCAUUCAGCGAAUGCCCGGAGUUCCUGGCUCAACACGGCCCCACAGCAAAUAUGGCAUGUCAGACCUCAAUGCCAUCGCUCGCCUGGUGAAGUGGCAGUUGCACGAGGGGUCGCAGGAUUCUCCGGACGCGUUGUACCCAGAGUGUCAAGGCAGCCACGUCAGGGCAAUAUGCGUAUAUGGUGCCGGGGACUUAAAGUGGUUGCUCAAGCACCAUCAUCUCUUUGCCAACAAGUUUGACAUAGACACAGACCCCGUUGCUGUCUACUGUUUGGAGAAAUAUCUCAGAAAAAGCGCACUGUCUGAGUUACAAUAGAUAUAUUGCAGGUUUUUCAUAGCAACCGAGAAUGGCAUUCAAUUCAAACCUUUAUUAAUACAGGGAAAGGCCAUGUAGCAGUGUGCUUAUCUCUGUAUAUAAACAUACUUACUCACAUUAAGAAAAAUAUUUGUUAAUGUUGAAUGUGAAUAAAUAGUUUUAAUUUGCAAGUAGUAGUAGGACUCUAAUAUUCCUUCCUACCUUUGGUACAUUUGGUAAAACUGGCCAAGCAGUUCAUUUUGGAAAAAUUGUUACACUGAAAACUGUAAAUAUAUUCAUUUUUUUAGCUUUAGUUUCACUUUCUUUACCACUACAUCACAUCUUUGUCUGUUUCUUAGGUAGUCAACAAUGGGUUCAUUCUGAGGAUUUGUCACUACAAGCAACACCUUACAUUUGACCCAUUGUUUAUACAAAAAUAGUGAUUAGUGCAACUUCAUUAUAGGAAAAAAAAAAUCAAACUUACUCCAAAUUACUUCUUAUACAUGCAUGUCCAUAAUGUCAAGAAUUAUGAAAUUAUUCUAAAAUGUACCUCUUCAUCCAGUCUGUUAAGUAGGAUGUCCAUUUCUGGCGGAAAAGCUGUCCUCCUUGCCCGAUAGAGGAGCCUCGGGUUGUGCUGAUGAAUGGCUGCUCUGAAGCUGUCUAUCAGGUUCUUGUUGGUGAUCCGAUAAAACUCUUCCUUUACCUGUUGAAAAAAAAUAAGAAAACAAUAAUGGAAGUUAACAACUGUAUAAUUUUUUUGUAAAGACUAUAUCAGAAACACAUAAUAUAUUGUUUAUUCAGCUGCUUACCUCUGCUUCGCACAACAGCGCAGGCCACCGCUCCUGAACCUCUGACACCAUGGGCUCCAUCUCUACAAUCUCCUUGCGCCUCAGGGAAAAAGUCAUUAAGUAAAACAUUCUUAUUCUUCUUCUUUAACUCCUCAACCAAAGCCAGUCUUUCGUCCUCCAGUGAGUCAUCAGUGUGGUUAUCUGGAUGGCCAGGGACAUGGUUGAUCUCCCCCCGCUUUGGUCUCUUCAAAGAAGGACCGGCAUCAUUCUUUUCAUCUCUCCCUGUUUUACGGUUAAUGCUAACUUCUAUACAGCCUGCCUGACGUAGCUUGGACCUAUAGUUACUGUAAUGGAAAAUUCCACUGAUCAAUGUCUUAUUACUGUUUUGACUGUUUUCUGUGCACUUAGCUGAUACAACAUCAAUGUUGUGCAACUGUGCUGGAUUUGAUUCCUCUUUUUGUAACAGUGAUGCAGUGACAGCAGACGGUCCUGUCUGCUUUCUGUUUUGUUUCCUGUUUAUCACAUUGUAUAAAAACCUUCCUUUUUAACUUGUCGUGGUUGCACUCUGAGCCAUGUUGCUGGCUGUGUAACCCUCUGCAGAGCUAAUAAUUAAAACUCUAAGGCAACUCCGGUCUGAGAAACUCAUUAUUUCAAAUCUCAUGAUAAAUUUCCACGACAAAUUUGGCGUCAGGAACAGGAUCCCUUGAAAGAUCGUCUGGACCCUAGAAGUCUUCGGUGGUUGGCCACCCGGGAGAGAAAAAUCUUCUGCCUCUACCUGACAUUUAAGAGACGAGAGGACCGAAGUGACUGGGGUUCCGGACCUUCUUCACAGGGAUCCAAAGACCUCUCUUUGGUCAUCUUAUAUCUAGUGAGAUGUUGAAAUUGCUUAGAGGAUUUCUCAAAUAGAAAAUCAAACAGACAUAGGAAAUAACACGUUUAUGGUUUUAUUUGGAACGGGUGUAUUAGUCAUUGUCUCUGGAUUAUUGUUGUUAGUGAUGUUUAUCUGACCCAUCCUCAUGGCAAUCAUCCUAGUUAAAGGCAUUUUUCCUGUUUUGCCGGAGAAAGAAACAAGGAUUCGUGGAGACGUCCACGUCUUAAAUUGAGUGUUCAAGGGAAAUUGUGGAUGAGUACGAUUUCAUACACUUUAUUAAUAAGGUUGUGGAAAUUGUGGAUGAGUACAAUUUCAUACACCUAACACGCACACACACACACACACACAAUGUUAAAUAAAUUAUGCUUUUAAGAAAAUGCCUCAACUCGAACUGUGUGUUAACGGUCACAAACUCAAUUUCAUGGUCGACUCUGGUGCAGGUUAUUCUGUGGUUAGGAUGUCUGAUUUACCCACAUCUCCUUAAAUGAGUGGUCGCUUUAUUUUCUCUCAAGGCUCAACAGCAACAGUAAAGGAAAAUUUCACAAAACCUCUCCCAUGCACGGUUCAAUUUGACAAACAUCCCAUAAGGUUUGAACAUGAUUUUCUGUUGUCUGGUUUAUGAAUCUCUGUUUUUGCCUUCUCCCGAUGAUUCUCUGUAUGUGUCCAAUAUUGUUCGGUUGUAGACUUAUCCAAUGUUUUUUUAAAUAUUUUUUUUUUUUCUUUGGACAACGGGGAAGAACACAAUUGUGUUGCUGAACUUCAAGUCCAGUGUUCACCACGACCUGACCUUUCUGACGAAACAUCUUUCUAACUCUGACUUGACUCUGUAUGUAGAUGGGUCCUCUUCACGUGACCUUGUCUCUGGUACUAACUGUGUUGGUUUUUCUGUUUGUUCAGAUAACGAUGUUCUCCUCUCGAGUUCUCUUCCUCAUCACCUCUCAGCCCAGACAGCACGGAAGUAUGCAAAUUGGCUACUGGUAAAACACUCAUAGUCUACACUGACUCCAGAUAUGCAUUAGGUGUAUCUCAUGAUUUUGAUGCCCUUUGGCAAAACAGAAACUUCCUCUUUCAAACAACAGGCUGUCACACUCACAUCUGACAUGUCUAUUCUAUUUGGCCUUUAUAUUCCUUUCGGAACAUAGGCCAUUGAUGAAUUGUUUCCACGUCAGCCCCUUCUUCUUGAAUUCCUGCUCUGUGCUCCUUCUCCAGGUGUUUUGGGGUCGUCCUCUACCCCGUUUGCCUUGUGGGUUCCAUGUCAGUGCCUGUUUUGUUAUUGCUGUUGUGUUUCUUCGUAGUGUGUGUCCAAUCCAGCUCCACCACUGUGGAGCACACUCAAAACUAAGCUUGCAAAGUGCUGUGAAGACACAGGUCUCACAUGGAUAAAGUUCCUGCCUCUGGUGCUGAUGUAAAUGAGGAUGAGAAAACGAACCAGGUCUAAUCUUUCACCUUAUGAGAUUCUCUUUGCAUUGUUGUCCUCUCCACUUCCGUCAACAGACUUGUGUGAUAAUGAUGAUGUGGUGUAACCUGAUUUCCUCCUACACUUUCCAUUUUUCUUUUCAUAUGCUUGCUCAAUUACAGGAAUGUACAUUUUUCUUUGCACAAAAACAGCAGCAGUUACCUAUUGUGUCCUCAUCACCAUGCAUCGUUUGUUCUAGAACCUCUCCAUGGUGGAUGUGACCCUGUACGUACGCAAAGUGCGUGGGAUGAAGACUCGUCGAUAUUCUUCCAUGAUUUGAUGUUUGUUAUUGAUGUUGUUGAUUAUUUUUCGUUAGUGAUCAUAUUUUUAUAUGAUAAAAAGGGAGGAAUGUAAUGGAAAAUUCCACUGAUCAAUGUCUUAUUACUGUUUUGACUGUUUUCUGUGCACUUAGCUGAUACAACAUCAAUGUCUUCCACCUCCUGUUGACCUUUAUUUGUGCAACUGUGUGCUGGAUUUGAUUCCUCUUUUUGUAACAGUGAUGCAGUGACAGCAGACGGUCCUGUCUGCUUUCUGUUUUGUUUCCUGUUUAUCACAUUGUAUAAAAACCUUCCUUUUUAACUUCUCAUGGUUGCACUCUGAGCCAUGUUGCUGGCUGUGUAACCCUCUGCAGAGCUAAUAAU